GGUUAGACCGUUUAAGCUUUUGGCCUCCCUAUAUAAUGCCCCAAGUAGCGCCCAAUUAACAGUUCGUUUAUAUCUUAUGAUCUCAUUUCCCUCCCUUUUAUUCUCUACUCCGCCUCGCCUUUCUCUGCAACUAUCAAAUUGAAGCUUCUACUUCUACUUUCUUCUCUCUCUCUGUGCUCUUAAAGCCACCUCUACCACGUUUUUGGAUCAGCUGCUCUCGGUCAGAUCUGGCUUGAUUUGACCAGACAAUGCUCUAAAUCAGGUAGCACAUUUCAACGCAGAAUAGUUGCCGCCCAUGGGAACCGUGAUUGAUGCUGCAAACCAGAAAGCAAGUGGAAGCUUGCCAAAUGGAAAGAAAGUGAAAGUUGUCUUCGUUUUGGGUGGUCCAGGUAGUGGAAAGGGCACCCAGUGUGCAAAUAUUGUCGAACACUUUGGGUUCACCCAUCUCAGUGCUGGUGACCUUCUUCGAGCAGAAAUUAAAUCUGGUUCUGAAAAUGGUACAAUGAUCCAGAACAUGAUUAAGGAGGGGAAAAUUGUUCCUUCUGAAGUAACAAUUAAGCUUCUCCAACGGGCAAUGCAGGAGAGUGAUAAUGACAAAUUCCUUAUCGAUGGCUUCCCCCGUAAUGAAGAGAACCGUGCUGCCUUUGAGAAAGUUACAGGAAUUAUUCCCGAAUUUGUAUUAUUUUUUGAUUGUUCAGAGGAGGAGAUGGAGAGGCGAAUUUUGAAUAGGAACCAGGGUAGAGAAGAUGACAACAUAGAUACAAUCCGGAAGCGGUUUAAGGUUUUCUUAGAAUCCAGUCUCCCCGUGGUUGAGUAUUAUGAUUCGAAGGGAAAGGUUCGGAAGAUUGAUGCAGGAAAACCUAUUGGAGAGGUCUUUAUGGAUGUCAAAUCUGUUUUCUCUUCCAUUGAUGCAGAGGUGUUAGCUUAGUACAUUGCAUAUGUUGUAUCUUAUCUUACAUAUGAGGGUCGCCAGCAUAUUUUGUACUACUCAUAGUUUAUGUGGUGAGUGCCCAUGCUUGUCAUUUAUUAUUGUUAUUAUGUCUGAAUUCUCUAAAUAAAAUUUACAUUAAGUAAUAAUAAUAAUAAUCUGUCUUUGGGGGUAAUCCAAUGCAUUCAUUCUUCCCCAAUGCCGCAACUGCUAUUUAUUGUUUUUUUUUGGUGAGAAAUGUUCAUUUUUUUUUUUUUUUUGUGGGAAAUGUUUCUUGGAACAAUAUUUGGAAUAUUGGCUGCGUUUGGCAGUUAUUCUGUUCUAGAAACGAUGUUUCGUGUCAACAUUUUGUUUUGGAAUGGAACUCAAUUUCUCAUUUCUGGCAUUUCUUUUUAUCCGGUUCUUUGAAAAAAAAAAAAAAUGGAAAAACAAACCAUUGACACCAAACAAAAGAUUUUGUUUUCUUGUUCCUAUAAAACGAAACGACUACCACAGGCAGCUGAAGUGAAAAUAGAUAUCGUCUACUUUAUGCCAAAGAAUGUUAACCUUAGUCAAGUAAGCUUGCAGUACACAAUUGGACGUCUCAUCCAUCCUCCUUGUGUCUUCCCAACCUACUCCCAAAUCUAAAUUUGGCCCCUAAGGACUUCCAUUCUGAAAUUUGUACUUUGGAUGAAUCUGUUUUUGACGGAUCAUUGUAAGCCUCAACUGAAGUAUUCUUAAAGCAUCAAAGCUCAAUUCACGUGUUUUUAAACUCUCAAUAAUAUAAAUGCUCACCACCUCACAUAUUCUGUGAGCCUCAUGAUACAAAUCCCAACCACCCUCUAUUCGAAAGGUGUUUUGGCUUUCAAAACCUCUGAUUGGCCGAGACACUCCUAUGGUGGAUUUCUCUUGAAUUUGCAUAUUAAAUGAGAUA